GAUGCACGCAGCUGGGGCAUUUCGCUUUGUCUGCGGGCAGGCGGCGCCCUUUCCAGUACCUGGCGAUCUCAGAGAUGCCGUGUUGUUCCAGAUAGAGCACACAGUUGAGCAGAUCAACCCGCGCUGGCGCGAACAGGUCAAAUACUGGUGCGACCGGGCAGAAGCCUUGGAAGAGUCUAGAUCACCGGUGGUCGCCGGGGCGCCGGUCGCCCAGCAGCCGCUGGUCGCGAGGCUGCGCGACCCCCUGCUGUGUGAGCUGGCAGCGGCCUGCGGGUGCGAAGACCUGAAGUUGUUGGAGAGAUGGCAGACUGGCGACAGGCCGGCGGUGUCUGAUCUGACACUAGAGGCAGUCUGGAGAGACAGAGCGCAUUAUAACAAUUUCGUGCGGUCCCGUGUGAAGAAGACCGACUUCGACGGCGACCUCUUCGCAGCAACGCAGGCAGACGCUGUCCAGGGCGUCAUGACCGACCCGCGGCCAGUCGAGCCCGCCGACCGUAUCCAACACGAGAAGCUGGACACAUUGGUCUGGAUGGUGCUUUUGUUCCUGAGGGCUGGCUGUGAUGUGCGGCUGUGGAAGCGAGAUGUCAAAUCCGCAUUUCGCAAAUGCCCCAUCCGUGCGGAAGACUUAGACUUGGCUUGGGUUGUCUUUUACUUCAAUGGACUUUUGCACGAAUCCCAGCACAUAUCGAUGCCGUUUGGCACGGGUGGCGCUGUCUACGCUUGGCACCGCGUUGGUGGUUUCGUGUCAGCCAUCGCCCGCCGCAUCUUCAAGGUGCCGCUCGGCAGGUACGUGGAUGACUUCUUCGGGUGCACGGUCGCGGGUGUUCUGUGCACAGGUGGUCGCAUCUUGUCUCUCGUGCUGUCGCUCGUGGGUCUGCCCGAUGACCCGGCGAAGGCGGCCCGCAUGGUGUCAGCCGUGGUCGUCUUGGGCGUGGACGUUGCGGUCUCCCGCGCUGAGGCCGCAAUCAGUCUCAAGGUUCAGGACGCGAAGGCUUCCGCUUGGGCGAAGUCUCUGCGGGAAGUCCUGCAAACAGGCCUCUGUGAUCCAGUCCUGGCGUUGAAGCUCGCCGGCCGUCUGUCGUUCGCUGUCGCGGCUGCAGCCGACCGGGUUGGCAGAGCUUUCAUUCGCCCUGUCUAUGCGCAUGCUUGUGCUUCGACCGGUAAUUGCAAGGCCGGCGAGUGGGGUCUGGAAGCUGCGGGCUGGUUGUUGCGCUACCUCGAAGUGCGGCCGCCGGCCCGUGUCCAGUCAAGCUCGGCGAGGAGCCGCGUGAUCACGUGUACUGACGCCGCUGGCUCGUUUCGCUGGCUCGCAGCG